CAUUAGUGCUAUAUCACUUGUGUUGAAACAUAUUUAACAUAUUGGUGCAUUAUGGCUGCGGUCUGUCUGCUGGUUUUAUUAGGAGUGGCUUUAGUAUCAAGCAUGCCUAUUUAUUCUGCGCCAGAUGUCCUGGCUGAAGUCAAUAAGUCCAUCGUUAUCCCCUUGGAUCUGACUCAUCCAGAUGUUGGAAGUAGCCCCCUCUUCACUUCUGUCAUUAGGAGUUUGAACAGCUCCUGUCAGCAAGAUGUGAUGCUGUUGAACGCCACACUGGACGUGUACAUGAGGAUCUUUAACAACCUCCUGCAUCACAGCCCCCACAGCGCCCCCCUCCUGCAGCAGAUGGGCAGCUCAGAGGUAGAGAAUGUCAAGAAUAUCAUAAAGAAGAUCAGGAAGCACAUAUCUAAACGUCAGUCUGAACUAAGACACCUACAUCCAAACAAGGAGGACCUGCUCGCCAAAAUCAAUGCUAUCAAGGUGGAUGAGCCGCUGGUGCAGAGGAAGGCUUUGGCUGAGCUCAAUGAGGUGGACCGUGCCAUCUUUGGCCUUCUCCAUUUCCGGGACACUGAUAUGAACAGGACAGGUCCCAGGUCUACCCUGGCCACAGACCGGUUUCAUGACAAGUCAAACAUUUGCGUUUGUUUGGACACAGUUUGUGUUGGUCUUGUGUACACUGCUGUGAUGGAUGCUAUGGGCAGAGUGGUGCUGUGUGUGUGUAUGUUACUGUUUAUGGCCCAAGUCAGGAGCUCUCACAUCCCCCGGGAGAUGAACCGGACCCUCCAGGACCUGCGACACCACUAUAAAAUUCCAAAAAAAGAAAGAUAUAAUGGCGAACCAGUUUUCCCCAGAGAGACCUUUAAAGUGAAGGAGGUUAGGAAAGUGUUCUUGGGAGGCAUUUUGGAAACCUACGACACACUGUUAAAGAAAAUGUUGGAGAAGCUCCCGACCCCAGGGCCCAAUAUGGACAGUCCUGCUAAUGCAAACUCUAACACUGGCUCCAGUGACACUGUCAGAAACGGCUUGAGCUACAUUCUCGAUAAGGUCAACACUCUGAAGGACAAACAUUACCAGGAGCAGGAGAAACUUCUGACCAAACUGCAGUCUCUACGAAACAUUACGACUGAUGACUUGGUGGUCCAGAGCAAAGCAUUGGCGGAACUGCCGUGGCUGUAUGAAGAGGCCAGCUCUCUGGUGAACAAUGACAAGAGGAGACGCAGACGAAGACAAACUGAAAGAGCUCAGAAACAAUCUAAAGUUAGAAAGGGGUAAAUUCAGAUUUCCUCCAGCAAAAAGCAACAAAAACAUCACUAUAUUAGAACAAACCCAAUUGCCUACAGAUUGUUUUACAGAAGAUUGUUUUACUAUGUCAAUAAUGAACCAGCAAUUUAUAACUAUAGUAAAUAUUAGAUAUAUUGAUGAAAUACUGAAGUGAUGAAACACAUUUAACCUGAGCUAACCAUGUUGUUCAAAUCUGCUAUUUGUUGAUCACCCGUGGAUGUUUACAGUGCAAUAAUAAAACUGAAUACGGGUGCGAGAAGUGAACUACACGCAGAGGCCUUUCUUGGCAGAAGGGUUUUUAUACUGACAUAUUGUAAUUUAAAAUUUUAUUUAUUUCUUCCUAUGUUCCUCAAUUUUUAUUUAAUUU